AUAACAAUUUAAUGGUACGUUACAACAUUCUGGAAUCUAAAAUAGCGACUUUCAUCUAAAUUACAACCACAGAGCUUCACGGGAGGCGACCAAUUCUGAUUGGCUAAACCAGAACGUUAUAAAGCAUGGUGUUCUAAAACUCUUCUCAAAGACAUCUUCAUUUAUGAAAAUGUCAGUCAUGUUGUGUUAAAGAUAUAGGGAACGAAGUUUAUUCCAAUAAUGUAAUGCUAUAAUAAUAACAUGUUACUACAGCACUGGACUUCUUCUGCAGUUUAUUGUUAACUUAACAGUAUUGCUUAAUGAUAUAGGAAUAUACUGACUAAAGAUUAUCCAAUAAGAAACAGACAAAAGGAGAAAUUACUGUCCAAUUUAUUGUACGUCUGAUUUAUUGACAUACGUUAACCCUUCAAUAUUAAGACGCUUACAAUCACUUUCUGAAGUCAUUGUUGUAUUGAUAAAUUUACAAACUUACUCGGUGAUAAAUAAGUUUUGAUAUUUUACAUUUGUGACCACAAGUUCUUGGAUAUUUGGGGAAAAGUUAUUCUGUUCAAGAUUGAAGAGCUUGCCAGGUUUGCAGCAGACUAUAAAAUCAUCCGAUUCACAAGGAGCUUGCAAUAACUCCAUCAAAAUGCUUGGAUUAUACAUAAAAACUGAUUGCAGAUAUAGAAAGAGAAUAUCAAGAUAGCCAAUGCACACACAAGCUUUGCAACAAAUUUCAAGAUAAUAAAAAUGUAUGUUGAUAAAUAUUUAUCCCUGCCAGGAGCAGGUGUUUCUGAACCUCAAAGCAGUGCAAAUAUAUCAAAUUUUACAGACAUACACACAAUUUCUUAUCCAAACGGGACCAUCUACAGAAAUGGAUCACUGUACGAGUAUUAUGACUAUAAUGAUUAUUUCUAUCACUUAAACGACAGUUACAAUGGUUCCUAUGACCACUGUGCGCAUGAAAUUGAUUGGAAAAGCAUUAUGAACCAAGUGCCGGGCUACGAGAUAUGCAUGCAUAUUUUACUGCCAAUAAUCUGUACCAUCGGCAUUGUGGGAAUAAUUCUAACGGUCAUUGUGCUAAGUCGUAAAACUAUGUCCACAUCUACCAACAGUUAUUUAAUAUCUCUCGCAAUGUCGGACCUAGCCUUUUUACUCAUUAUGGCUGCCAGUUUUAUUGAGACAAAACUGACAAAAGAGGUACAUUACCAUUAUAGGGUAAUCAUGUCUUAUGUAAAUAUAUUGUUAUGUGCAUUCCUUUUUGGAUCCGUUUGGCUGACAGUAAUGCUGGCUAUAGAAAGAUACAUUGCUAUAUGCCACCCACUGCGGGCUAUGGGAAUCUGUACAGUGAUCAGGGCAAGGAUUAUAAUUGUGUUAAUAUUCAUCUGGUCAUUCUUAUUUCGGGUGCCAGAGUUUUUUAAGUUCAAACAGUAUACAUUUUAUGACCACUGCAUAGGUAAAGAUGUGCCAGUUCUGGAACCAACGGAUCUUGCGUUUAACGAAACAUUUCGACACCUGUAUUACUGGACAGACUGUUUCCUCUUGGUUGUGCUACCGUUUUCGUUACUUCUCUUCCUUAACGUCUGCCUGAUACGAGAAAUUCAUAGAUCGACAAACUAUCUUCGUUAUCACCUCGCCAGUGAUUCCAACGUUCAGACCAUCAUUACCGGAGAGGAAAUGAAAAUAACAAUGAUGCUUAUUAGCGUGGUUGUGGUAUUCUUCAUUUGCGAAGCACCGUAUGUGAUCUUGCUUGUGGGAAAACGUCUCAAUCCAGACAAACAUUUCCAGCAUUUGUACUUAAUAACAAAUAUAACAGUAUUGCUCCUUGCACUUCGAUCCUCUUUCAAUUUUAUCUUAUAUUGUUGGUUUAGCGAGAAGUUCUGGAACACGUUUAAAAAGACUUUCUGUAUGCCUCAGUGCUUUUUAACGCAUGCACCUAACUGGUUGAGAAUGAGAGUAUGGAAUAAUAGUGAUCGUGGACACAGCAACAACAAUCUGACAGCAGCGGGACAUGGAGAGACCAGGACAACAACAACACACUAUGAGAAUGGCUUGCUAAUGAGAUCAUCAAAUGAAUUUAACCAUCAUGUUAAUGACCAUAUCAAUACCAACCUGUAAUAGGGCAAAGAUUAGAAUAGUUUAUAAUAACUUGACAAUGAGAUUGCAUAAAAAUGCAUUAUUUCUCGCUGCAAAGUAGAUUAUAUUUUAACAGGACAUAAAUCAUCUCCGGGACGCUUCUGGGACAGUCACCUGAUUUCAGGGACAGUCCCUGAUGUCCGGGACGCUAAAGAAUGUAUGAUGUUUGCAUUCAAACACAAGAAUUUACUUUUCAGUAAAAGAAUAUAGUUAGUGAAAGGUUUUUCUACUUUUAAGUGAUGAAUGAAAAAGUUCAUUGCUCCACUAGCAAAACACACUAUGAGAGAUCUGUUUUAUUUAUUUUCUGUACAAGAUUCAAAGAGAAGCUGACAUUCAAAUCCUAUGGAUUUCAAAGAGGAAGCUCAGGAUAUGUUUAGCAUUUCUUAAUUCAUUUAUAUGGACUAGUCAUACUGUGCAUAGCAAUUAACAUGGACGAAAGUCAUACUGUGCAUGGCAAUUCACAUUCAUAGACAAAAGUCAUACUGUGGCAUCUAUUCAUUUUGAUCAGCAUUACUUCUAUGACUAGACUAUACUUAUCAUGUAUUAUAUAAGUUCAUUUUUUUUCUUGUCAUCGAUGUACAUUUUUCAUUCAUGUAUAAACCAUCUGGUGUUGUCUUUGAGAAUUUCUCUUUUGUCUUACCAAAUGACCAACUAAAUACCAAAUGUUCAAUUAUAUAAAGGACAAAAGUUUAUUCAUCUUUUCUCAGCAAGAUCUGUUUCCAUAAAGCUGUCUGGUGUGGUAUUCCAAAGUUUAAAACGGUGCUUAUAAUGAAUAUUCAAAUGUCAGAUGUCUUAGAUGCAAUUUGUAUUUAUUCUGGUGCCAUAUUUCAAUUUUUUUUACAUUACUGGUGUUAAUUCUCUUAAACUCUGUGUCAUUUUUUUUUUUAAUUUCAGUUUAGUGUUGAAUUAAAUGGGUCUGCAUAAUGCAAUUUAAAUAAUCAUAUUUAUUCUGAUGCCAUAUUUCAAUUCUCUCAUUCUGAUGCCUUUUUUCCACAAGGUGCCAUAUUUUCUUUUUCAAAAUUUGAAUUUCAGUGUCAUAAGUUUGAAAGACUUGUUUAACAUCCAAUAAUACUUAACAUUCCAUCUCUGGAUUGUCAGGUCUAAUAUAAAGUAAAGCAUCCAUCAAUUAAGCUAGUGAUAUUGAGGACAUGAUAGCCACCCCCAUAGUCUAUAUCAAUCAAAAUCAAAUUAGUGCUCACAUGUCCUGGAGGGAGAAAAUAGAUCUUGACAAUUUGUUGCUCAGAUUAUGUUUUAAUAAAGAAGCUGAGCCACUAUACACAUAUUUGUAUUUUAAAAACAAAUUAUAUAAGAAAGCAGAAUAUUAUAUUCAUUAUUUUCUUUAAUUUUGUAACCUCCAUUUACAAAAUAUGACAUAUUCUAUUUAUUCAUUGGUCAACUUUUUGAUAAUACAUUUCUUGAUCUAAAUUCAGAUAAAUGGAAUACAAUUGUACAGUUAUUUCCAGCAAAUAUUAUAAAAUCUAAAUUUAAUCCAUUUUUUUUUUGGUUUAUUGUAUUUAUUCAUGGGAAAAACUUUUCAUACAAUCCUUCUUUUCUACACACAGGCUUUUGAUAAAAUACAAUAAACUUUUAAUUUUGCAAACAGAAAAUAGAAGAAAAAAUGUUAAAAUAUACUUCUUUUAUCAUCUUCCUUCAUAGAUUUUUAUUUGUAUUCAUUUGUGUGUUAAACUUUUUCCACAAUAAUUUCUGCCUCAUUACCUGUAAUUUCUAUUUAAAAACAACAUCUGUUAAAAAAAUAUUUCUUUCAAAAAAUAUAGAAGUAUAAUAAGGAAGUUUAAUUCCCCGGAAAGUAGUUGUCCUAGAUUACUUAAUGUCACCAGUGCCAGGCCAAGCUGCAAUUCCUUGAAUUAACAAUAAGCAUUAACUAUUCUCUAUUAAAACAAGAAUUUGUAACAGAGUUACCAACGUCCCCCGCCUCGGGGAAGUUUUAUAUGAAGCAUAAAAUUGUGCUAUUUCAAAAGAUUGAGGUAUGGAUCUAAGGACUUUCAGUCCAAAAUUAUGAUCAAUGCUAGAUCUGCAAAUGCAACAAUAAAUUUAUUAAAGAAAUAAAAUGAAACACUGAAUUUAAAAAUCUAUCAUGUUAAGCUUUGACCUCUAAGUGUGACCUUGACCUUGGAGGUAGGGGUGCAGGUGUUGUGCAUGACAUAUCGUCUUAUUAUUGUA